CAGAGCCGGAUGUGACGAGUAAUGUCAACAUGGCUGGCUGCAGCUCAACAAGCAAGCCAGGAACGCAGAAUUCUUCACUGAGCAUGGAGCAGAUCUCUGCUCUCACUGACCUGCGGGAGCUGGAGGAGACCUACAGCAGGCUGUGUGCAGAGGAGAAGGAGGUGGAAGUGGAGCUGGAGGCGCUGCUUGGACAGAGGACUGUGGUGGAGAACAAGAUGCUGGCCUUACAGCGCAUGGGUCCGAACCUGCAGUUGAUUGAAGGGGACGCGGAGCAGCUGUCAGGGAUGAUCUCGUUCACGUGUAACCUUGCAGAGAAUGUCAGCAGCAAAGUCAGGCAACUAGACCUUGCCAAGAGUCGGCUCUAUCAGGCCAUCCAGCGAGCAGAUGACAUCCUGGACCUGAAAUUCUGCAUGGAUGGGGUGCAAACGUCACUGAGGAACGAGGAAUAUGAACAGGCUGCAGCCCACAUACACAGAUACCUGUGCCUGGAUAAGUCGGUCAUCGAGCUGAGCAGGCAGGGGAAGGAGGGCAGUAUGAUUGAUGCCAACCUGCAGCAUCUUCAGGAAGCUGAGCAGCACCUCAAAGUGCUUGUGAGUGAAAAGUUUGAUGCGGCCACAAGAGCUGGAGACCUGCAUCAGGUGGAAAGGUUUUUCAAGAUCUUUCCUCUGCUGGGACUGCACGAGGAGGGGAUUAGCAGGUUUUCGGAAUACCUCUGUAGGCAGGUCGCUAAAAAAGCUGAAGAGAAUCUCCAGUUGGCGCUGGUGUCAGACAGCAGCGAGCGCCGAGCGACUCUACUUUUUGCAGAUACUCUGACUUUGCUGUUUGAAGGGAUUGCUCGUAUAGUGGAGACACACCAGCCAGUUCUGGAGACCUACUAUGGACCGGGCAAGCUUUACAUUCUCCUAAAACACCUGCAAGCCGAAUGCGACCGCCAAGUGGAAAAAGUGGUGGACAAGUUUCUGCAGCAAAGGGACUAUCACAGAAAGUUUCAACAGGUUCAGAACAGCAUGAUGAGAGCCUCGUCUAUGGAGAGGAUUGAGCCGCGGGAUCUGGACCCGAUCCUGGCUGAGGUGACCCUGAUGAGUGCCCGCACGGAGUUGUACCUGCGCUUUAUCAAGCGGCGAGUGUCAUCAGACUUUGAGGUUGGGGACGCGAUGGCUUCAGAGGGGGUAAAGCAAGAGCACCAGCAGAGUCUGGACAAGCUGCUGCGCCACUGUCUGCUACGCUGCUCCAUGCAAGAACUCAUUGGCUACUAUAUAACAAUGGAGGAGUUCUACAUGCGAGAGAGUGUCAACAAGGCUGUGGCCAUGGACUCGUGUGAGCAAGGUCAGCUAAUCUCCAGUAUGGUGGAUGAUGUCUUCUAUAUUGUAAAGAAAUGCGUUGGCCGCGCUCUGUCCAGCUCCAGUAUCGACUGUCUCUGUGCCAUGAUAAACCUUGCAACAACCAUGCUAGAGUCCGACUUCAGGGAAGUUCUGUGUAACAAGCUGAGGAUGGGCUUUCCUGCUACUACGUUCCAGGACAUCCAGCGUGGAGUGACCAGUGCCGUGAACCUGAUCCAGCAGGGCAAAUUUGACAGCAAAGGAAUUGAAACCAAUGAUGAAGCCAAGAUGUCCUUCCUGGUCUCUCUGAACAACGUGGAGGUUUGCAGUGAGAAUAUCAUGACGCUGAAGAAGAAUCUAGAGAAUGAUUGCCACAAGUUGUUCAGUCAAGAUCUUGGUGGAGAACAAGCGAAGGGCAAGAUUGACAGCUGCCUUGCUGACAUGGCGUCCGUGUCCAACAAGUUUAAAGACCUCCUGCAGGAAGGUCUUGGGGAGCUAAACAACACCGCCGUUAAGCCACAAGUCAAGCCCUGGAUUAACCUCUUCCUGUCUGUCUCACAUAACAUUGAGGAGGAGGAGUUCAAUGACUAUGAAGCCAAUGACCCUUGGGUGCAGCAGUUUAUAACCAACAUGGAAGAGCUUAAGGCUGAGUUUAAGGCAAGCCUGUCCCCAGUUAUCUAUGAGAACCUCACUAGUCUGCUGACCAGCCUCAUUGCCACAGAGCUGGAGAAAGUGGUCUUAAAGUCAACGUUCAGCAGGCUGGGUGGGCUCCAGUUUGACAAGGAGCUGCGCUCACUUAUUGCUUACCUUACCACGGUGACCACAUGGACCAUCAGGGACAAAUUUGCCAGACUUUCUCAAAUGGCAACUAUUCUGAAUCUGGAGCGGGUGACAGAAAUCCUUGACUACUGGGGCCCUAACUCUGGGCCCCUGACAUGGCGUCUGACUCCAGCUGAGGUCAGGCAAGUGCUGGCGUUACGGAUAGACUUCCGUAGUGAAGAUAUUAAACGUUUGCGGCUGUAAGUCGGAUUUUGGGAGGCCGCCGGGUACGUUAACUUAUUCCAUGGACUGUGGCCAGGCUGUGAGGUCGGUGUGCGACAGGGUCACGGCCUGGGACUCACGUUUACGUGGGCUUUGUACAGCGCUCUCAAAGAUCUGUAAACUGUUCUAAUUAAAGGCUUUAUUGGAAGUCCCGUAUUCUCACUGGCCGACCGCUGGGUGAAGAACGUGCCGAUGGUGAGGGGAGGUCAGUUAACAUAUAUAGCCAAGUACUUUUCUGUACAGACAGAUCACCAACUCAUGCAGCUCUCAGCCGAAAGGAAAUGCAUCAUGGGAGAUGUUUCACAACAGCCAGAGAGCUGCCUUGUGCCUGCUUCCCGCAUCAAUCAAUUUCUAUGAUUAUUAUUGUGUGAGGAAGUAGUGUACCCCGUGCUCCCCUACUAUACAACAAUUCAAAUAAAACCUUUUGCCUUCAAAA